AUGACUGAAUCUACUAAAGUUUUGGAAUCUGUCAAGUUCAUCACAGAAAACGCUAAAGAUGUUUUUAUUCAAGAAGAUAAGUGUCGUGCUGCAGCCACUGAAAUCUACAAUGCCAUGCUAAAAAACAAAUACUCUACAGACACAUGGUCUUCUCAUGUCCUUAACCCCAAGACAAAAGACUCAAGUACCAUUGAUUGGAUCUUUACCAUUGAUACUCUCAACUUUAGUUUCUGGUCUGACAUCGAUAAAAAGGACACUGGCAACCCUGCAUCAAAGUCUUUUGCCAUUGAGUACAAGGGAAAUACAUAUACAGGCUACUGGAGUCUUUGUGCAGCCAUCAACAAAGCCCUGGACAAUGGAGUACCAAUCACAAGCCCCAAGUUUUGGGCAUCAGAUUCAUUUACUAAAGAUACCCUUGCCCAAGUAUUCAAAAGUGCAUCUAAUGAAAACAUUUUCCUUCUUGAUGAGCGCUUCCAAGUUUUAAAAGAGGCAGGUGAAGUCUUGACAAAGAAAUUCAAUGUCAGCUCGUUUGCUGAAAUUAUUCCUCUGGCAAAUAAAUCCGCAGUUAAACUCGUCAAUCUUGUUGCAAGUAACUUUGACAGCUACAAUGAUGAGUCCCUCUAUCUCGGUCACAAAGUCCGUAUUUUGAAACGUGCACAAAUUCUCAUUUCCGAUAUAUGGGCCUGCUUCAACGAACAAGGCUUAGGUGAAUUCACUGAUAUUGAUUCUAUUACUAUGUUCGCAGACUACAGAGUGCCCCAGAUCCUCCACAGUCUCGGCUGCAUUGCCUAUUCUCCAGCCCUCACAAAGCACAUCCAAAACCUCCAACCACUUGAACAUAAUGAUCCUCGUGAAAUUGAAAUUCGUGGACUGAGUAUCCAGGCUGUGGAAGUCAUUAAAAAGUACAUCCAUGAAGCACACCCGGAAACAAAGAUUAAUGCAAUCUUGAUUGAUUUUUACCUAUGGGACACGGCAAAACUCAUACAAAAACAACUCGGUGGCAUAGGCGAUAACAUUGCAAUCCACAGAACACGAUCAAUAUACUAUUAA